CGCAUGGAUCGCUUCCCUUGUGAUGGCUGGCUGCAUCUCACGGUCAGCAGCACGUCCGAUGAGAUCUCGGUGUCAAUGAAGCAUGCCGAGGAUCAUGUUGCGUAUACGGAGCUUGCGCUCCCGGAGAAAUGGAAGGCGUACAUUCGUGAGAAUGCACGCAGGCAAACCCCGGGACAGAUAUGGGGUUAUUUACUCGCUGAGGAGGACGCCGAGGAGGAUGACCUACCGUACGGCCCGAACGCCGUCUACUACUACUGGCACAUCGUCAGCCGAGAGGAGUGGCGGCUAGCGGAUGACCCGCUCGCAUCUGCACGUAAGUUCGUCGAGGAAAGAGGAGAGAAGCACCACAUAGUGUUGCUCGACGUUGAGGCAGCCCCCGGCACGCAGACGCUAGCUUUCUAUGUCACAGAUUUCGUGGAGAUGUGGGCAAAGCAUACCCAAGAGUUAGCGAUGGAUUCGACAUGGAACACCAAUGGCGGCAAUUUCGAACUCUUUGCAGCCGUCGCAGAUGCAAAUGGCGCCGGUGUCCCACUAGCUUUCCUCUUCAUCCAGACCACUAAAGAUGCCGCUCCUGGCGCUAAACAGGCGAUUCUGGAACGGUUCCUGGGGCACCUCAAAGCACUCGGUGUGGAUCCGGAGUUCACGCUGACUGACAAGGACUGGUCGGAGAUCAACGCGAUGGCCGCAACCUGGCCCGAUGCCAAGCAGCAACUGUGCUUUUGGCACGGCGUACGCGCAGUUAAGCAACGCCUCUGCAAGAACAAGGACACGCCGGCAUUCUAUGACUCCGUUGCGGCCAAUCGCGAGUUCCCGUUCAUUGACAUUGACUUUGUGCCCGCUGCGCAACGUAUUCGGGAUCUGACGCGGAGCUUGACGAGGAUGACUGCCGCCGCGAGGUCGAUGCAAUCGAACUUCUGCCCCGCCCCGCAUCGGCUCCCCAUCAUACGCAUACAUUCUAAGCAUGGUUGUCAGCACCCGCUACUCCCCGAACGACACGGAGAGUCUCGGUCCAGCGAAGACAUCUACCGUGACGCAGUACACGAGAUGUAUCUUCACUGCAAGGCGAAUAACCUUGCCGAGGUUUGGGCCUAUCUUUGGAAUUUGUGGUACCGGCGCCCGCACUGGAAGCUCUGGGCCCGUUCGGCCAACUCGAGGAGUAUCCCACGGAAGCGGACGACCAUGAUCGUUGAGGCACUGUGGCGCAACCUCAAGCGCCUUGUGCUUUACAUGUACAAUUGCCCGCCUAUUGAUCUCGCACUCUACGCAGUCGUCACUAAGGCACUACCA